AUGGCGAAUCCUAAGCCAAAGUUCCGCGUGGUGAUUGUGGGCGGGUCUAUCGCAGGCUUGACUUUAGCUCACUGCCUGCUGAGGAACAACAUUGACUUCGUGGUGCUCGAGGCUCAUAGUGAGAUCGCACCUCAGGUCGGCGCCUCAAUCGGCAUCAUACCCAACGGUGCUCGCAUCCUGGAUCAACUGGGCCUGUUUGAUGACAUUUUGGCCACUACAGAGCCCCUGCGGGAGUCAAUCUACUGGACCGGGGAGGGAAACCUCAUUGUCCGGAAUGACACUCCGCAGCUGAUACAGAAGAGGCAUGGUUAUCCUAUUGCUUUUAUUGAUCGUCAGGUCGUACUAAAGGUCCUCUACGAUCAUCUUGCGGAACACCAAGAUCGUGUCCUUACGGGCAAAAAGGUCGUCAAAGUCGAGGAUUUGCAUGGCAAGGUCAAGGUUCACUGUGAAGAUCAUUCAGUCUUCGACGGUGAUUUUGUAGUCGGAGCUGAUGGUGUACGGAGUAUUGUUCGACAACAAAUGUGGGACUACAUGGACUCUAAGGGUCUCGAAAGAGAGGCUUUGAGAGAAAGAAAUGCAAUGACAUCUGAGUAUAACUGUGUCUUUGGCAUCUCAACAGCCGUCCCAGGUUUGGACCCCGGAAGCGGACACCGAACCUUUGGCGAGGGCUUUUCGUUCCUGACUCUCAUCGGUAAAGAGGGUCGGGUCUACUGGUUCUUUUUUACUAAGAUGGAUCGAGUAUACUCCGCCUCCGAGAUCCCGCGGUUUAACCAGAGCUUGAUUGACGAGCAUGUUGCCCCCUACCUACAAAAGCCGAUCAGCGAUACCGUCCCUUUCGCUGCGUUGUACGAGAGGGCGAUAACCCGGACUUUCCUGUCAUUGGAAGAGGCUGAAUAUAAGCAUUGGGCCAUCGAUAGGUGGGUUUGUAUUGGGGAUUCCGCUCAUAAGAUGACUCCAAAUCUUGGUCAAGGCGGAAACAGCGCCAUUGAAAGUGCUGCGUCUCUCGCCAAUACUCUUGCUAGCAUAAUUGAAGCCUCCCGUGAGCCCAGAGUCUCAGUAAAGGAUCUAAACGACUACCUGCAGCCUUGGCAGAAGAAACGACAGGAUCGUGUGAAGGACGUUUUCAAGUCAGCACACGGCCUUACUCGACUAGAGGCAUUGGCGACGAGGAAGGAUAAAUGCAUUGCACUCUAUCUCUUCCCAUACAUCAGCAGCUACCUAGCCGAUGCAGCAUCGAAGAGUAUCGUCGGUGCAACAAAGCUCGACUGUGUACCACUACCGCCAAGAUCAUUGCAGUGCACGAUGCCAUUUACCAACUUUCAUCCGCCUCGAGAUGAAGCGAUCUGGAGGCGAGCUCUGUGGACGUUGCCAUUGAUCGGGAUUUACGCUAUGCUUUCAUUUAUGACAGACCUGGGGUCCAUUUAUGGAAUCUGGCUACUAGAGAGCUAUCGCAACGCUCACUCCUGGACCAACGCCCUUCUGUAA